GCGGCACUGCGGAGCAUGCGCAGAGGCCGCUUCGCCCCUUCCGGCAGCGCAGCGGAGUGGGGCAACAUGGCCGCCGCCGCGCCCGCCGCCCGCUGGGCCAGAGUCGCCGCCGUAGCGGCGUUGCUCCUGGAGUGCUGCGGCGCGGUGCUCGCCAGCGGCAUCCAGGAUCGAGCAGAACAGUUCUUCAAAAGCGGGCAUACAAAUAACUGGGCAGUUCUGGUAUGUACGUCUCGAUUCUGGUUUAAUUACCGUCACGUGGCAAACACUCUUUCAGUAUACAGAAGUGUCAAGAGAUUGGGCAUUCCUGACAGUCACAUUGUCCUGAUGCUGGCAGAUGAUAUGGCAUGUAAUCCCAGGAAUCCUAAACCAGCUACUGUGUUUAGCCAUAAAAACAUGGAGCUAAAUGUCUAUGGAGAUGAUGUAGAAGUGGAUUACAGAAGCUAUGAGGUUACUGUGGAAAAUUUCUUGCGUGUGUUAACAGGAAGAAUCCCACCAAGCACUCCCCGAUCUAAACGUCUUCUUUCUGAUGACAGAAGCAAUAUUCUAAUAUACAUGACAGGCCAUGGUGGGAAUGGUUUCCUAAAAUUUCAAGAUUCUGAAGAAAUCACAAAUGUAGAACUUGCUGAUGCCUUUGAACAAAUGUGGCAGAAAAGAAGGUACAAUGAACUGUUGUUUAUCAUUGAUACUUGUCAAGGAGCAUCCAUGUAUGAACGAUUUUAUUCACCUAAUAUAAUUGCCUUGGCUAGCAGCCAAGUAGGAGAAGAUUCGUUAUCACAUCAACCUGAUCUUGGGAUUGGUGUUCAUCUUAUGGACAGAUACACGUUUUACAUGCUAGAAUUCUUGGAAGAAGUUCAUCCAGCCAGUCAGACAAAUAUGAAUGACCUUUUUCAGGUCUGUCCAAAAAGUUUGUGUGUUUCAACUCCUGGGCAUCGAACUGAUCUCUUCCAGCGAGACCCUCAAAAUGUUCUGAUAACAGACUUCUUUGGCAGCGUAAGAAAAGUGGAAAUUACUACAGAGACAAUUGCUUUGGACCGUAAUUUAGCUGGCUUUGAAAGCGAGCUGCCAAAGGAUGUGUUGGCAACAGAACCACUUAAAUAUGCUGAUCAGCUUCCUGUGGCUCAGAUAAUACACCAGAAACCAAAACCAAAGGACUGGCAUCCUCCUGGAGGAUUUAUUCUAGGACUGUGGGCACUGAUUAUCAUGGUUUUCUUCAAGACAUACGGAAUCAAACACAUGAAGCACAUCUUCUGAAUUUGAGCAAGCAAGACGAUUGCGUUGAUCGCUACUUUGGAUUCACUGGUGUCAUCUGAGUUCUCUUUAUAUAUAUUAUGGUUAUAGUGAAAAACAGAGUUGGCGUCUCACUUCUAAGUGUUCUUUCCUGCUCUGUUAAAUACAACCCUUAGGUCAAUCCUUACACCCUAGACAAGUUUGGAUUUAGGAUUCUGAGUUGGUACAAGUGAAACGAAAAUAUGAUUACCUCACUGAAUCUACUUAGAAGAUAUGCCAAAAAGAGUGAAACUAUGAGAACACCAUGACCACCAAGAGCAUGUCAUAGAUGUCAUCUUUUUACUCCACGUGAUCUGGAUUUGGACAUUUUGGGGUUUUCACUGCACUGGAUUUUUGCAUAAAGCAAAACUGACUCUAGGAUCAGGAUGGAAAAUGUUAUAAGUGGUAUUAUUGUAUUCAGUAAUUUCUGAGCACUUGCAAGAUGAGAUUUAUAAUUUAGGUUUUGUAAAUUCUGUUCAGGCGUAUUGAUUUGUUCUUUUGGACAUGUAAUGAUGAAUGCAUGCUAACUGUGUUUUGGCUGGCUAAUACACAGAUACUAAUGAAGAGAAGAGCAAAUUUCUGCAUGUAUAAAAACAGUAAGUGCCAACUAGGUGAUACUCUUGCAGAAUGCUUUUGGAAUCUCUUCUCUCCCCUAAUCAUAAUAAAGCUGAUGCAUACGUGGUUUAAAGUUACUAGGUGUUAUCUGUAAACACUUUAUGUUGAGGCCAGUAGUGUUAUCUUAGAAUCAGGUGUUGAGCAUUUUCCUAUUGCACAGAACAAAUCUGAGUGCUUACACAUUUUUAUUGUUUUUCACUUUCCUUCUCUUUCAGUCUGGCUGUGGCAUCAUAAUCUCAUGUAAGAGCUGGCAGACUUGUCAGAGACCUCUGUGUAUGCAGUGACUGGAGAAGAUACAGGGAGGGCAGCCACUGAGACUCUCAGCUGUUUCUUGGGUUGGAUGCUAGACAACAAUAAGCAACAGAAGUGUAGCUCAUCUCGUGAAUGUAAAAAUCCUUUUUCUCCCUGUAUCUUCUAGGUUUGGAGAGGAUAAUAGUACCAAAUGAGCCAUUUUCAGGAGGUCAAUACUUGCUUGCUGCACCUUGAGCUCACAAUAAAGUUGUGGUAUCUAGAACUUUGUGGUAUUUUUUGCUGAACAGCAGGAAUUGCUUUCAGCACUUGCUGAGCUCCAAGAACGGCAAGUAAGCUGUAUUGAAAACACCAAUGUCCUCAUAAUUUUAUAAACUGUUCUUCUGUGGAAAAUAUUGGUGAUUUCUUCCCAGUUUGCCACUGAGAAGAUUUUAUAUCACUGAAGCAGCUUAAUCAGAAAGGUGAAAGCUUUGUUCGCUUCUUCAGAGAAGGUGGAGGUGAGAAGCUGUGUGAAGCAUGAGGAAUGGAUGUCUUUGUGAUGUUCUGGUUUGGUAGUUUAUUUGUUUUUUGGGGUAGGAUCUUUCACAAUCAGUAGGUUCAUAUGCAAAACAUGAUGCCAGGGUUAUUUCUCUUAAAAUGCAAGAAGCUAUACGUUCUCAUACAACAACCUACUGAGAUCUGUUGUAGGCUGCUGCAGAAAUACAGAGACAUAGAAAUGUGUAGAUACUGUAGAAAAAUGAAUCCUGCAGAAUUUGUUCUUAGAGGAUUUGCUUGCAUUCCAUUUUUUAAUCCAGCCUUUGAUCCUCUUUUUCUAUUGUAAUGAAUAUUUUUAAUCAAAUAUUUAUUUUAUGGGCUGGCUUUGUCACAUAUUAAAAAUGGCUGAAGUGAAAUUGAUAGAGCUUUCUGCCUUGCUUCAGUUUGAAUUAGAGUUACUGGGAGCCCUCAGCACUUACUGAAUUUUUUUUCUACCAUCUUUUGCAGGAAAUGUUGGGUAGGAAUGUCAGCAAGAAACAGAAGAUACCAAAGUUUCUGUCUUUUUAAAACUUAUCUGCUUAGGGAAAAGGAGGCAAUUAGGUAGGUUAUUAAAAUGCAAUUUAGAAAUAGAAGCACUUGGUAAAUGUGCCCGUGAAGGUGAUUAAACUGAAGUGAGAACAACAAUUAUACUAAAAUGCGACAAACUACACCGUGGGCUUUUCUAAUGUUUUUAUAAGCACAAAGUAAGGGGUUGGAAUACAUGUUUCUCAGAGUCACCAUAAAGUUGCCUGUACUACAUUAUUCUACGCAUUAUUUUUUAUACAAUGUUUUAUUCUUUGUUUAGCCUGAGAACAACUCUAGAAAUAUCUUCUUGCUGUCUGUAAAUGUGUUUGUGCAAUUACAUAUUUAUUUCUUUUAAGUUGGUAUCUUUUCCGCUGACAGCCCUUCAAACUCACUUGGGAUCUGGACUCCAGGAACAAAUGAGGACAUUCUUAUACACCAUUCGUGUUUUACAGGCCAGAAAAUAUGCUUGUGCAGUGCAGAUGCUUUCUGCGUUGUGCACAGAUGAUCUCUGUAAUGGAAUUGAGAAAAUAGGCAAGUUGACAGCUCCUUUAUGUUUCCUUGCAUGGAAACUUACAGAGCAGAAUUAAUUUUGAUAUUUUGAGAGUCUGUAUAGGUAGGUCUGUGAGCCAACCACACUCACGCUUGCAAUAUUUGGUAUGUGUAUGCCUGCACCUUUUGCUGUGUAACUGGACUGAUCUGUCUGCAGUGGGUUUUGUAGAUGUUGUUUACAACACCGGUGGCUGAUAAAAAUAAUUGUUUCAUUUCAGUAUUUCAGUUCUCUCAGAAUCAUGUAUUGAAACAGUAUUCAACUGAAGAAUGGUAAGUUAACUGCUCUUAUACUCCUAUAUGCGUUCUCCUAUGCCUCUGCACUUCCUUUCAUUUUUAAAUUGUCUUUAAAGUAUUGCAUGCAUUUAGAGCAGUUUCUUAUGACCAUGUCCAAACAUUUACAUAAAUGCAGAAUUUAAACCAUGCUUCUGUAAUAGACUGAGAAGUGAGAUUCCUCUCAAAUCAGUGAAGGAAGUCUGAGAAGUGACGACACAGCAUUUAAAUUAAUUGUCUCAACCAGCCAAAUAUUUUUUAUUUUUUAUCUGAAUAUCACCAAGAAAUGCUGUCAUCCUAUCAUAAGCAAAGGUAACAGAGUCAUCAGAAGUAUUUUUACAAUAGUAUAGCAUAGAGUAUAUGGAGUAUAACUGUUCUAGAUAGUGACCUGUUCCUCCACCUUCACUAAAAAAUGGUCUCCAUUAUUGAUUAUAGCAAAGCAAAUGAGUGCAAAUUGAAUCCAUUUCUCUCUGUUCAGCAGUCAGGGAUUUCCAUUCUCUGGUACCACAUCCUGGAAACAUGAACAUGAAUCUCGUGGCCUAAUGCCCUGCAGAUGGGCACUGGUAUGUGCUAAAGCAGAGCUGAGUUGUACGUAGCACUAACCCAGUGGUGUGUGAAAAAGCAGGGACCAGACUCAACUAUGAAUUUAUCAUGAGUGGAGAGGAUCUGCAUGGUGAUGGGGCAGGAAGGUGUUGUGUAUAGGACAAUUUGGGGACAAAGCUUGCGAGCAUCAGAAAACUCAGUCUACCUGUGUAUAGGUCUUCCAACUCUGUCAGAGAGCUCUUUGUGACCUGGGAGAAUGAUGCUUUCUGGAUGAGUUCACCUCUGAACUGAAGACAAGCAUAAAGUAUCUCACCCAAGAGGCUAACAGAACCAUAGAGUUAUGAACUACAGAAAAUAGUGUGCAUAAUGAAAGUGUCUCAUCAACCGUAACUUCAGCACUUCUUUACAGUAAUGAGCAUAAUGGAGUUUUUGUAUUUUUGGGGUGUUGAAAAGCAAUUUUUUAUUUAAAAAAAUAAAAAGGAGAAAUGUUUCUGUUGGAAGAUAUCUUCUGCUCUGUGUGCUCCACUGUUCUCUCUGCUUUAUCUCUUUCCAUCAACUUCCAAAAAUAACAUGCUGUAGGGAAACAUGUCUUGAAAGUAUUGAGGUUUUAUGAUGAAAACUUGAAUAUGCUGUGUAAUGUGCUCUGAAAUCAGCAUUUCAUAGCACUGAUUUCACUUGCAAGUUAUUUUAAAUAAGUCACUUUUUUCUCCUUAAUGAGGAUUUCUGCCUUGUUUGAUGAUUAAAUUGAUAGCGUUUAAGGUUUCAGUUCAAAGUUUAUAAACACAUACAGCUCUUAAUGUUUAGUUCUGCUGUGUUUCCCUAUCCGUGCAAAUUUUAGAUUUUUGUUUGUGUUGCUUAUUUUGUAUAUACAGACAGCUCUUGAAGCCUUGUCAGUACAGGCAUGUCAUUUUUGCUGCUCUGGCCAACAGGCUUACUAGAGGCGUGGAUUGUAUCAACACAAGUUAUUUUGGUAGCAUUGUUUGCAGGACUCCCUUCAGCAAAAUAAGCACUACCAGAAACAGGCUGUCUCUGCAGAGGAAGAGCAAUACUGGCAAAGCUCUAGCAUAGAUGCUCUUUCUUUCAGUAAGAUUUUUUUCACACUGCUCACUGAUUCAUUUCUUUGGUGACACAGCUGCUGGGAUGUAUUUUGUUGGGGAGGUUUGUGGCAUGUCACGCUUGUUCCUAUGUCAAAGUCAACUAAUUUGAACUAGGAAAUGUAUUUCUUUCCUUCCCUGCAAAAUGACAUGCUGGAAUAACGCUGUCACACAUUACACAUUUAUUUGUUCCACUGGUGGGCAUUUAAAGUUUUGACCCUGUGCUUUCUUCACCUUUGGUUCUAAUAUAACAAUAGUUACUUCCUUUGUCAAAUGCUUUGAUAUUUACCAAUGAAGAACACCACUAAGUAUUAGCUAUUGCUGUUUGCUUUUUGUUAGUUGCUUACUGUUUUUGUGCUGGUUUGUGUGUCCAGGUUAGGUGUGUAGCUCAAAAUACGGUGGCUCAAGUUGUGAUGAUUUUAGGUUCCUGUGGUCUUUAUAAUGCAAGAGGAGCAAAGAGCAGAACCGUCAGUGUAUUGUGACAGUGCACAGCAGCAUUUUGUACAGCUCUUCUGCAUAGCCUCCUUCACACUUGCCCCCAUUUUCUGCACUUGCUUUUAUCGCUUAUUUCUGUGUAGCUGCUGCUUGUGUGCAACAGGAUUUGCAACUAAGUGACCAGGGGAAGCCUUUUAGUGUAUGGUAUACUCCUUGUCUAAAAGUGUAUAGCUGUAUUUAAAGGGAAAAAAAAAGCAGUGGGAAAUGUUCCAGUUGUGUCCUACACAGAUAAACAACACACUGAAUACUGGUAACAUCUUCUGGUUUUGGCAUUGUGUGCAGCUUGAUUAGGGCAGAGAUGGAAUGAGGGGAACACAUCCUCACCAAAAGCUAACCAUCCUAACCAAAGCUCUUCCCUUAGACUCGCGUGGCGAUUUGGAUCAUGUUGUGUGUUUGGAUUAUAACUAAAAGGCUCUAGCUUGAUCUGAUGGCCAAAGCGAAGUCAACGAAUUAUUAACACCUUAUAUCCUGCUAAAUAUGCAUUAUUCCUUUUAUCUUCUCUAUGCUUUAGGAAGUACUUUGUGUCCUAAAAGCCACUGAUGUUAUCUUAAUGGUUGUCUGUCUUGGUUGCUUAAAGAAGCUGACAGACUUAAAUAUCACUGUGCAUCUCCUCAAGGAGAUAAAUCUGCUCUGAGAAAUGAGAAAUGAUUAAGAUAGCUUUCCUUGACUGUUAAGUAGGGUCCAGUCUUGCUCUCCAUCUGAGCUAGAUGCUUUGACAUUGCUUUCAGUAAAAUGAAAAUGCAGUUACUGUUGGAUGUUAUGGCUGCCUGGCAUGUGCCACUGCUCUGCGUCAGCACAGUGUGAGCAUGGCAAGACUGUGACUGGGCUUCAGCACGAGUUAAUGUUCGUCCUGUACAGAAAUGUCUGUUGUUUUUUAAUUUAGAGUCUAGCCCCUACAUACUGUGUCUAGGUGUGACCUACGAUAGAUGUCAAGGGAGCAGUUCAGAAAAGCAGCACAAUAUAUUGUGACAUUUUCCCGUAGAAUUCUGCUUGUAACCUUGUCCUGACAGGAAAUCUGAGGAUGUUUCUCUUAACUUUUGUUUCCUGUGUUCAGAUGGGCUCCUUGAGUGAAGAUCUCUGUUGUGCUGUAGUACCACAGUUGUUGUCAGCAACUGCGAGACUGCGAGACCCCCCCACGGGAUGUGACGCGAUAGGCCCUCUCCCUGCUCCAUGAUUGAUGUGUGGCACGUACCCUUAGGGGCGUAGACGAAACACAUAGGUUAUAUAAGCUAGAGUUCACGUGUAAUAAAGGCCAUUUUGCUGUUCAUCA